AUGGACCACGCCCUCUCCGAUCCCAGUGACUGGCUGAACACAUCUCUCACACCAUUCUGCGCCCUCGAGACCUCACUGCGGUGUCAAGUAUGCAAGGACUUCUUCUCCACCCCCAUGGUCACAACCUGCUCGCACACCUUCUGCAGCAUCUGCAUACGCCGCUGUUUGUCAGUCGAUGGCAAAUGUCCUGCCUGUCGCGCCAACGACCAAGCCAGCAAAUUACGCAGGAAUUGGGCUUUGGAAGAGGUGGUGGGUGCGUUUGUGACGGCUAGACCUGUGGCGCUGGACAUUGCGACAAAGGACAAGAAAGAGAAAGAGGAAGUGAGCACGAGACCGAGUAAAAGGAGGAGGACGGAAAGAUACAGUGGUGGGGCGAGUGAGGUCACGGUGCGCACAACGAGGAGUCAGAGUAAAAGGACGACGCAGAAUGAUCAACCCGCCGUCUACGAUGGAGCAGCAGAUGAGGGUAGCGAUGCCGAAUACACCGAGCCCAGCACCACGCAGCCAGAACGACAACAAACACCCGAUGACGGUCUAGUAGCCUGUCCAAUUUGCCAAACGCGCAUGAAAGAAGAAACAGUCUUCAACCACAUCGGCUCCUCAGCCUGCACCUCUCCCUCUCAAAAAGCACGCCAACAGAAACAAAAACCCUCAGCAGCGCCGUCACAACCCCCAGCAGCAACCAAACCUCUCCUCCCAGACCGUCUGACCGAACUAAAUUACUCCCUCCUCAACGAAAAAGCCCUCCGCAAAAAACUCCAAGAACUAGGCAUCCCUUCCACUGGUUCGAAGACUCUGCUCUCCCGCCGACACACCGAAUACGUAAAUCUCUGGAACGCCAACGUCGACGCCGAAGCCCCGCGCUCAAAGAGAGAAUUGCUUGCCGAGCUUGCGAAAUGGGAUCGGAGUAUCGGUCGGGAUUAUGCUGAUGGCGCCGGUGGUGGGAUAGCAGCAGCGGCACAAGGGAACAACGUCAUGAAGAAAGACUUUGAUGCCAAAGCGUGGGAAAAGGGAAACAAAGACGAUUUUGCACGGUUGAUUGCAGAAGCGAGAAAGGGGAGGGGUAAAGCAAUGCCGAAACCAGACUCCACCGCUGAACCUCCAACCGAGCAACCAAAAGAAUCACAAGCACAACAACCAGAUCCCAUGGCCCUCGACCCCCCAGCGUCAACACCCCGACCUCCUUCUCAAGUAGAACCCGAAACCGAUCUUCCAAGGGGCUACCACAACGCCUCCCUCCCGCAAGAAAACUUUCCUUCGGUCGACAAUCCGCCUCCCUCGGGCCAACGAGUGAAACCCCCACCUUUACCUUCGAGAGAAACUUCUUUGCCGGAAAAAUUUGGAGCAGAGGGAGGGCAAAAGGUUGAUAUGUUUGAGGUUAGCAGUCAUCCGGUUGCUGAUGUGGAGACGAUGUCGGAAGCUGGCGGUGGUGGUGAGCGGUGA